UCACUUCUCUCCUGAAGAGAAGAUCAAUAGUUUCUGAGAGUGGCUGAGAAAGAUAGUAGGCAAUAGAGAAGCAAAAAAUGGUGAGAGCCCCAUCAGUUGACAAAAAUGGAGUGAAGAAAGGGGCAUGGAGUGAAGAAGAAGACAAUAAGCUAAGAGCCUAUGUUCUAAGAUAUGGCCAUUGGAACUGGCGGCAGCUGCCUAAAUUUGCCGGUCUAUCUAGAUGUGGCAAAAGUUGCAGACUGAGAUGGAUGAAUUACCUGAAGCCUGGUGUUAGAAGAGGCAAGUAUACCAUCGAAGAGGAGGAUCUAAUAAUCAAAUUACAUGAACAAUAUGGGAAUAGAUGGUCAGCCAUUGCAGCAAAAUUACCAGGAAGAACGGAUAAUGAUAUAAAAAAUCAUUGGCACACGCAUCUCAAAAAGCGCAACAAACAAACUCAACUUAGUGAAAGAUCCCAGACUAUGGAUGAUGCAGAUCAAAAUGAGCAAUCUUCUGCAAUGUCUACAUCUGGUUCCAGUACUGAUCAAAAGAGAGAAAUGGAUCCAAACGCUUCUGCUGCUGAUUCUCUCGAUGCUUAUACGGAUAUAUCUUCCUUGAGCUGUGAUUCCACACUUUUUGAUUGUGUAGACUGGGUUGCAGAUGAUAGCAACAGUUCAGUAGAAUCAUUGACUGAACCCUUUGAGAGUUUUUGGACUGAACCCUUUGCGUUGGAUACAUCAUUUAGCAAUUAUAUUAGUGUCGACCCCUGGUUACCAUCUACGGAGGAGGAAUUCCUGUACCCUUUCUCCUCAUUUCUUGAUGAUGGCAUUGAUUGUUUCCACGAAUUCAACAAUAGAAAGGGAGAUGAUUAAUUGUCUAAGUGGUUACCAAUGUGUAACAAUGCUAUAGAUCCAUCAAAAUGGCCUUAAAACCAACGGCAUUGAAGAAAAAUAGCUCUACUGUUCAUUAUUAUAAAGAUUAGGUACUUAUCUUCGGCUAAAUUGUAAAAAGCCACCCUGAGAUAUCACUUAUUUGUGAUUUGCCAU